AUGGUGUCGACACCAGCAUCUGCAAACAUUGCAUCAGACGAAGUGAAUGAAGUGACAGAUAUGGUGACAGAUGAUGGAGAGGAUUCAAAAUCAAAUGAUAGUGAUGGAAAUUUCGUCAUUAAUCUCAUGCUGACUGUAAUAGUGCAUUUGAAAAACCUAUUUGGAUUUGGUGAGGAAUCGACGCCAAGUUAUAAUACAACUAUGGGUGUAUAA